GGGCGUAGCGAGCGGCGCUGGCGUACGCCUGGGGCGGCCCCUCAGUGGGACCCGUUAGAGCGGCAGGAAGAAGCGGCCCCCGCCCGCGCCAACAUGUCGAAGCGGCUGAGGAGCAGCGAGGUCUGCGCGGACUGCAGCGCUCAGGACCCCUGCUGGGCAUCUGUAAACAGGGGAAUUCUGAUUUGUGAUGAAUGCUGUAGUGUUCAUCGGAGUCUAGGACGUCAUAUCUCUCAAGUGAGGCAUCUUAAACACACACCAUGGCCUCCAACGUUGCUUCAGAUGGUUGAAACACUGUAUAAUAAUGGUGCUAAUUCCAUAUGGGAACAUUCUUUGCUGGACCCUGCAUCUGUUAUGAGCGGAAGACGCAAAGCUAACCCACAGGAUAAAGUGCAUCCCAACAAAGCAGAAUUCAUUAGAGCUAAAUAUCAAAUGUUAGCAUUUGUUCAUCGCUUGCCAUGCCGAGAAGAUGACAGCGUUACUGCCAAGGACCUUAGUAAGCAACUCCAUUCCAGUGUGAGGACAGGGAAUCUGGAGACGUGCUUGAGAUUACUCUCUCUAGGAGCUCAGGCCAACUUUUUUCAUCCUGAGAAAGGAAACACCCCGCUUCAUGUUGCUGCCAAAGCAGGACAGACUUUACAGGCAGAAUUGUUGGCAGUCUAUGGUGCUGACCCUGGCACACAAGACUCCAGUGGAAAAACUCCAGUUGACUAUGCAAGACAAGGAGGGCACCAUGAAUUGGCAGAGCGCCUUAUAGAAAUUCAGUAUGAACUUACUGACAGACUAGCGUUCUAUCUCUGUGGCAGGAAACCAGAUCACAAAAAUGGACAACACUUUAUUAUACCUCAAAUGGCAGACAGCAGUCUAGAUUUGUCUGAAUUGGCAAAAGCAGCUAAGAAGAAGCUUCAGUCUUUAAGUAACCACUUAUUUGAAGAACUUGCCAUGGACGUAUAUGAUGAAGUUGACAGGCGGGAAACAGACGCAGUUUGGCUUGCUACUCAGAAUCACAGUACACUGGUGACUGAGACGACGCUUGUCCCUUUUCUUCCUGUAAAUCCUGAGUAUUCUUCAACACGGAAUCAGGGAAGACAGAAACUAGCUCGGUUUAAUGCACAUGAAUUUGCUACACUAGUUAUAGACAUUCUAAGUGAUGCCAAGCGAAGACAACAAGGGAAUCCUGUCACUGGCUCUAAAGAAAAUGUGGAACUGAUAUUGAAAGCUAUCAACAGUCAGCAUAGUAGUGAGAGUCAAGAUAACGACCAGCCUGAUUAUGACAGUGUUGCAUCAGAUGAAGAUACAGAUCUGGAAGCAAAUGCAGCAAAAGCAAAUAGGCAGAAGAGCCUGGAUUCAGACUUGUCAGAUGGACCAGUGACAGCACAAGAAUAUAUGCAAGUUAAGAAUGCUUUAGUGGCUUCUGAGGUAAAGAUACAGCAGUUAAUGAAGGUGAACAUCAACUUGAGUGAUGAACUGAGAACCAUGCAGAAAAAGCUUCAAACACUACAGAGUGAAAAUACGAACCUCAGAAGACAGGCCACAACCCAUAUAUAUCAGGUCCAAACUGGUUCUGAAUACACAGACCCCAACAAUCAUUCUUCUUUAAAGCGACGACCAUCUGCACGAGGUAGCAGACCUAUGUCUAUGUAUGAGACUGGAUCGGGUCAGAAACCCUACCUCCCAAUGGGAGAAGUCACAUAUCCAGAAGAGAGCAUAACAAGACUGCAGCCUUUCCCUCCACAUAUCGGGAGGAGUGCGUUUGUGACCUCCUCUUCAUCUCUGCCUUCCUUCCCCUCCACGCUUUCCUGGUCAAGGGAUGAAAGCACACGAAGGGCAUCGAAAUUAGAGAAACAGAAUAGCAUGCCUGAAAGUGACUAUGAUAACCCCAGCCCCAGUUUGGAGUUGGAUGAGACGGGGCCAGGUAGGAAAGGAAGGCAGAGAAGUAUCAUUUGGCAGGGGGAAGGGUCUAUCCCCGAGAACUCAGAUACAGAUGCAACCCCAAGUUCCACUUUGCCCAGUACAGAAGAUGUUAUUCGAAAAACUGAACAGAUCACUAAAAAUAUCCAGGAGCUGCUGCGAGCAGCACAAGAGAAUAAGCAUGACAGUUAUAUACCAUGCUCGGAAAGAAUACAUGUGGCAGUAACAGAAAUGGCAGCCUUGUUCCCAAAAAAACCCAAAUCUGAGCUGGUAAGGACGUCGCUGCGGCUGCUGACAUCUAGUGCCUACAGACUCCAGUCUGAAUGCAAAAAAACCUUGCCCAUAGAGACCUGCCCUACCACGGACAUCCAGCUGGUCACUCAGCAAGUGAUUCAGUGUGCAUAUGACAUUGCCAAGGCUGCUAAACAACUGGUUACCAUCACAACCAAAGAGAACAACAACUGAGUCCUGCCGGGUUUUUUAGUCUUGGUUUUUUAGAGAUUGGAGUUUAAAUUUAGACAUGUAACUUUUCAAAUUUUUACAAGAAAACUAAGGGGGCAAGUUAAACUUUUAUAAACUCAGUAUUAUUUUUGCAUGUUUUCUAACAGAACUUUCAAAGAUUAAUUUAACCCACUGCCUUAUUUUUGUGCCUGUGUUGCCAGUUUAAUUACAGAAUUUAGUGUGUUGCAAACAGCUGUUGAGCCAAUAUCACAUGCCAGCAUUGUAUCAGAGGUUCUUAUAGGAGAUUCCUUGGAGCUGUAUUCUGCUUUCGGAUAUUGCACACGCACACAUAACUCUCAUUGAAGUCAAAUGCGCAUAUCAAAGGGCAGAAUCUCGCCUUUGGUCUGUACAUCCUUGAAUUGCUCUGCAUGGUGAAUCCCCUUGAAUAACAAACUCUCAGCAGGACAGUGGACCGUGAAGGCUGCAGGAGUGUAACUGUUGAACAGUCAGUAGAAUGAAGUUUUAUAUAGUCUUCCUGAGAAUUGAAUACAAAGUUUUAUUCUCUGUUCCAUAUCAGCUGUUGUGCAGUUACCAGUCCCUAGUCUGCUGAACCUGUAGUAGUUGUGGGCAUCCAAACCUAUUAAAUGUUAACUAUACAAGGUCUUUGUCACUUUUAUCUAUUUUGGAAGGAAGCAUGAGAUUAAGUAGUUUCUUUUAGUUGUCACUAUGCCACUAGACUAUAGAUUUGAUGUUACUUUAGAAAGGCAUUAGUGGUUACAACCCAUCAUUUUCCUUUCUCUGAAAAACUCACUUUGAAGUUUCCCACAGCAUUUAUUCCCAUUUUAGUGUCCUCUUUAAGGCAGUCUUGUUUGCAGCAGUAUUGUUGUUUAGUAUCUUUUUAGAUGCAGUUUCACUAAAGAGUUCUGUGAUUUCUUUAAAAUGGAAGAUAAGAGGGCCAGUUCAAAAGAAGCCAUGCCUGACACGGUACAUCAUAGCUAUACCUCACUGUAGUGGAAUGUGAAAAAUACACUUUUUAUAUAGUACCUCUCAUGCCAAGCUUCCAAAAACUACAAACUAUAUACAGGUUGACACCUACCUUCAGGGUCACCUUCAAUACACAACCCACCAUGUGCUAACCAACCACUUUAAUGUAUUCCCUAGCUAAGUUCCAGUGCUUUUUUUCUUUAAAGAUCAUGGGUAAAAUUUUCAAAACCACCUAAAUCCUCAUUUUCAAGGAUGACGCAGGUACUUAAAGAGCCAGAGUCUUACUGACAGUCGGUGAGACUUGGGUUCCUAAGUGCCUGUCACCUUUGAAAAUGUGGACUUAAACUCCUUCGUCAAGUUCUUUGAAAUACAUGACCUCAUGCCUACUGACCUGUUUGACGAUCACUUAAAGCACUGUUCUACUUGCAAGUGAACCUGUGAAAAUGAGAUUGGCUGGCUACAAACAAUUUGUUCAGUUCAUAUAUAAAAAGAUGUUUUUCCUGUCUACCAAGGUCCUACAACCUCCCCCGGAGAUCUACACGUCAACUGUUCUGAUUCGUAUGUAAUCAGUGAUGAAGAUUCAGAGGCACUCAAUGACACCUGUACAGUACCUAUAUCUGCAGUGAGUUAAACAGCUGAGGGCAGACUUUGGUCUUGCAAUGGGAACUUAGUUAACUAUCAUGUUUUGUGAUUCUCUGUAGCUGUGCAGAUGCUGUUGAGCUAAAAGGAAGUAGUAGUUUGAAUUAUUUUUGUUGUUGAAGUGAGAAGAUAAGACUCUGAAUGCAAAGAGGGAGCAGAUAUGCUGUAGUUCUUCGUUAUUGUUUCUAACUAUACCAACACUUUUUACAUAGCUAUUUCCCAGUGAUGCUAAACCAUCAGAUAAUGACUGGAUUAUAAACCCUGGAUGUUGUACAUAGUUACACGCAUAUAAAAACAUGAGGAAGUUUGAACUCUGAAGGCAGGUUUUCCACCAUGCUAACCACCUUCCCUUGUUAUAAAAUACUCCUACAAUUCAUAGUUUCUUCUGGAGCCCCAAAAGCCAUAGGACCAUACGCAUGCAGUUUGCCAUGUUAGUCUUCUCACUGUGUUACUGUUCAAGUGUGAGAUUACAGGUAAACUGGUCAAGAGUCACCAUAUAAUGUUUUGUCUGAAUAUAUAAAUGCUAAAUUUAUUUUUCACAUAAAUGUUUGAUUCAAAAACACUCGAUUGUAGGAGGCUGUCUACUGUUUUGUAAGCAGAGUCUGCAGUAUUUAGUUUGUUAAAUCACAGUUCUUUAGGUUGGUUUUUUUUGGUGAUAAAAAUUAGCUGUGUUUUAGGUUAAACAAAAAUUAAACCUUCAGAGGUUCCUUCCUUUUCAAAUUAUGUGUUUGUAUGUAUAUAUAAACACUGAAUAAGUGCCAUAAUAUUGUUGGAUGCUGAUGUUGUAAUUAACUGCCUUUUUUAAAGUAUUGUACUAUUUUGGGAUUAAAAGAAAGUAGGUAGGGGAUAAUCCUGUUGCAGUCUGAUUCAUAAAUAAUUUAUCCUGUCCCCUCUCCUGUAUCUAGCACUGUCUCUAAGCAUCUGGAAAUGCAUUUAGACAAGGCUGUGAUUUGAAUUGUAGAGAGGUAUUUUUAAAACCUAUUACCAAAAUUAAACCACUCAUCAUGCAUUGUAUGAAAUAGAAUAACCCCACUUAAGAACUUCUUUGAACUAGUACAGUAGGAACAUGAAGCAUGCUAUUUGCUAAUAUCCAUCAGGACAUCACUACACAUGGUUUUUACAUAUCCUGUUUCAUGUUUUCUAAAAUUUUAUUCAAGGAUAUCAACUUUUUAAAAUGCUUGCUCGGUGCCAAAACUGGAAAAGUCCCUUCAGAUGAAUAACUGUACAUCUUUCCUUUGUUGGUGGCAAGUUUUGCAAGGACCCGAUUCAAUUAGACUCUGGCUUGAUGAGCUAUACAAGUGUGGCUAAAGUGUAACCCACUUCACAUUCUGUAUCUAGAUAUCUUUUUAAAUGUCAAACAUCAGUUUUAUGGUCCUGUUGGUAAGCUGCACCUUGUCUAAAUAGUUCUGUUCUACUUACAUAUUGGUCAUAGUAGCACGUUAUUGCACUAAGCAGUUAUACAUCUGGUGUGAUAUCUGCAGAUAUCUUAUGGUACUUCCUUUCAAGAGGCCAGCAGGACAGAGGUGCACUUUAUGGAAAUGGCACUUGGAGCAAAAGCUGACUCUACUCCAACCAAACCCUGGUUAGCUCAAUGUAUUAAUCUACUCCAUCUAUUGUUGGUGUUUGCCAAAGUAGUCAAUUGGGCCCAAAGCUUGUGUAGCAUUACGCUUUGGAUUGAGUGGCUGUGUCUGCACUGCACUGUAAGCCAAGGGUUUGAGCUCGGACUCCAACCUACCCCCAAAUUGUGCUAGCCAAGGGUUCCAGAACCCGGGGGGUCAAGCCAGGACCCAGGUUCAACCCCUAUUGCUUUGCAGAGUAGGCACAGCCCUACUGGACUUGUGCUCUGGAGCCUGCCAAAAGUACCCCACAGGCUGACUUUCAUUGUCCUCUGGCCAGUCAAGUUUGGCAGAUGGUCAAAUUCCCCCACGCUGCAUCAUGAACAAAGGGCUAGAUUAGCCACCUUUUGGAGGGUGCUAGGACUCAGGCCUGCAUAAUGGAGUGUAGAUGCUGGAGCCCCCUGUUGGGACCCAGCAUUCAGCCAUUCCUAACCUGUGGUUAUAAACAAGUGUAGAUGCUCAAGGUACAUCUACACUGCGAUGAAACCAUCUGUGGCUGGCCUGUAUCAGCUGACUGAGGCUCACAGGGCGGGGUCCCAGAGCCUAGGCUUCAGCUCAAGAUCAGAUAUCUACACUGCAAUGUUUGUAGCCCUGCAGAGCUGACAAUGGCCAGUGUGGGUAUUUUAUUGCAGUGUAGACAAAUUCUCCAGCCCUAGGUGAACAAACCCAGGGUCUGCUAACUCAAGUUCUACUAACCCUGGUCUUACAUUGCAGUGUACACAUGCUUUGAAUGGCUGCAGGGCAGGAGCUAUUAAAAUACCUGGAGUAAUUUAGGUGCAAAAAGAUGUGGGUUUUUUCCUGUGGCUGGAACCCCACUUUCAAAUAACUUGUAUGUUUUCCCUCUUGUGCUUACAGAAAUGUAAUCCUUUCUCUACAAAAAUGCUGCACAGGAAAGUGAAAAUGCCUUUUUAUGAAUUUGUAUUUCUGUCCAUUGUACUCAUGAUUUAGCCUUUAAUGUUUACUGUAUUACAUAAAAUUACUGUACAACCCUUUAAGUGUUAUAAAAUUGUUUGGGAUUAUUUGCCUGCUACUUAUGCAAUAAACAGGCUUUUAAAGUG